UCCUCAGUCCUGCUCGGCAGCAUCUCCAGGAGGCGUGCUGAGCCGCGCCACAAGAGGAGCAGAGCGGGCUUCCACCUGGACUCAGCGCUACAUCAAAUUAAAUAAGAGAAUAACAAUAAGCGAGGACGCGUUUUUGCUUUAGGAGGAGCUAAGCCUCCACCAACUGGGGUGAGAAAAAAAAGGGAUGCCAUCCACGGAUCGAUCAGCUGGAGCGCGUUGAGGCUCAGAACGAUGCAGUCUCUUUUUGGUGGUGGGGAGCUCGGGCUGCUGGGAGGAGGAGGCAGCGACGCAGGAGGCCUAAAAGAGGAUGGCUGCGGCAGCAUGGCAUGGAGGACCUCGGCUCUUCCUUCUGACGAUGUGUACUCCGCAUCCCACUUCACCCUCAUCUCUGCCUAUCAGGAAAUCAAAACAAGACUGGCCAGCCUGGAGCGAGAGAACACCAGCAUCAAGAGGAAGCUGAAGAUCUACGAAAUUAAGUUCCCAAUGAUCAGCGAGUUUGGGGAGGAUACCAACUCCUACUGCUCCUUUGAGAGUAAAGACACGGCGCUGCUGCAGUCAGAAAACGGCAACCUGCACCAGCGAGUCAACGUUCUGACCCAUGAGCUGCAGAAGAGAAAGGAAAGAGAGGAACAGCUGGAGGAUGUGAUCCAGGCCUACGAGAAGAUCCACAUGGAGAAAAGCAACCUCCAGAGGGACCUCGACAAGAUGACGAACCUGGUGGAGAAACAUGUCGAACGGAUCCUGGGCCUGGAGUCGGCGCUGAGGCAGAGGGAUGAGUCUCUGCAGAAGCUCAAUAUCCAGCUGCACAACAAAGACAUGCAGUACCUGCAGCUCCACUCUGGCCCUGACAAACACAUGUUGGAUUGCCCAGCUCUGACCCUUCAGAGCUCGCGCAGCCUGGACACCCUGUCGGACCUGAAGCUGCAGCGGCUGGAGGCCGAGCUAGAAGGGGCGCGGCACGAGGCCCAGGGGGCGUGUCAGCGGGAGGAGGAGAUGAAGGCGGAGGUCGAGCGGCUGAAAGACGAGAUCAGACAGUUGCAGGACGACCAGAGGGAGAGGGAAAUGACUUCUCCGUGCAAGCAGUGCGAUGUGGAGUGGAUAAAGAAGGUGGGAGAUGAGCAGGUGAAUUUGGCUCUGGCCUACACAGAGUUAACAGAGGAAGUGGGACGCCUCCAAGCGCUGUGCUCCAAGCAGACGGAGAUCCUGAGGAAGGCGGCGCAGGAGCCGGCCAGUCCAGUGCAGCUCCAUUCUCCCAUCCACCACCAGCGUCACUCUCCAGUUUCCCAGCGCCACUCUCCUAUCUCUCAGCGGCAUUCGCCAGUGCCGCCACAUCACUCCCCGAUCCAGCAGCGGCGCUCUCCGGUGCUGCAGCGUCUGUCCCCCGACAUGCACCGCCGCUCCCCGCUUCUGGACGUCAGCAAUGGACCUGCCUCUUAUUCCUACCGACCGCCCACCCAGCACCUGAGAGCCAGCUUCCAGGGUCGCCGCAGUUACUCAGAGGUAGCUGACCCCUCAGCUUACCAGUGCCCGCCUCGCUUCUCCUUAGACCCAGUCUCCACCCUGCCAAAGCCACGGCCCUACGUUGAGGGUUACCCAAAGCAGCAGCCCCAACACGUCGGCUCCCCUCACAGUGGACUGCAGCACCGCGGGUCCCCAUCGCCCCUUCAAGCUGCGGCAGGCGGAGACAGCAGUAUGGUAGAGAGCUCCAUGCGCCACUCCAGAGAGAUGCCUUUCCCCCUGUCAGAGGUGGCACACCUCCAUUUUGAGCCCCCUCCUCCUUCCCAGCCCGCCCCCCAACCGCCUCAGUCCUCUGAGGAUGAAGAGGAGUGGACCUGCCCCCAUCCCAUUAGCCCCCCAAGGACUCUUGGUGUGCUCUCUCCUGGUGUACCCAGCAGCGUCAUGAGGGGCCCGGCAUCCUGCACAGCCUUUCCCAUCCCUCAGAGGCCCAAUAACCUCACCUGCCAUACCCAGCAGGGGUACACGACAUCAGAGCAUGCUCAGUCUUGGCCUUCCAUUAACCUCUGGAUGGAGAGUGAGGAGAACGACAUGAGGAGCUGUCCUCUCUGCCAACUGAUUUUCCCCGUAGGAUAUCCCGACGACGCUCUCAUCAAGCACAUUGACUCCCACCUGGAGAACAGCAAGAUAUGAUCGCCAUGGGCCAAACAACCCACACAUCUGCUCUCUUUCCUCUUACAGGUUGAUGUAAGAGUGCAGCCGAUCUGUCCAAAUAGAGAGACACAUGUAGGAAUCACAUUUAGGGGGUAAACCACUUAGAUUUGUGUCAUAAUCUGUAGGGAUAGAACACAGAAAGGAUUUUAUUUUAUUUUUUUUUUUGAGAAGUUAUGAAACACAGAUCCGUCUUGGAUUUGUGGGCCCAUUAUUAGAAUUCUUUGCAGACAGGUCUGCCUCUUUAAUCUCUGGAUCUGAUUGUUUGACUCUUAGUUUGGUUGUGAAGUUUGAAUAAAGUUUGAGAUACCUUUUUAUUUUUCCACUUCGUGGUGUAGUACGCCUUUAUUUAGCCAAGUAGGCCAACCCUGAUGCAUGAGAGGCACACUGGCAGGUUCAAGGGGUCAGCACGCCUUAAAGUUAGUUCGUUUUUAUCAGUAUUUAAUCAGGGAGAUUUGAGUAAUCAGUAUGAAUACCAUGUAGAUUAUUUUGCAGUUAUCCUGUUUAGCAGGAGCCAAGGGCAAACAAUGACCUGUAGGAAUGUGGUUUUUGAUUGUGAAAGAAGUUUAUUGCUAAGUGACACGGGUAGGGAGAUUUUACUAGGUUACUUUUUUUAAAAAAACAAAACAAGGCAGUUACAGGAGAAUAAAGCAUUCCAAUUUCACAUUUACCUUCGAGCAAAUGACUGGACAAGCUGGAGAAAAUGAACCUGAAUCCAUCUGAGUUUCAGGUUCAUUUUACACAAAAACAGUUUUGAUGAUGCCCUGCAGGGAAGGGCUGCUGUGAGGAAAUGUCUUCUGUUUUUUUAAUGACAGUGAAAUUAUAGUCAGAAUAUUCCUUUUAUGCUUGCGGCCUGUUCAAAAAGUAUCCUAGCAGUUUAAGUUAACGUAGCCUAGAAAAUGUAUUUGUUGUCAGUGUCCAUAUACAUCGAUCAGCCACAAUGUUAGUGAAGUCUGAUUAUCUUUGACCUGGGAGCAAGAGAAUGGUGAAUUCUGCAGGAUGGUAAUCGAAAUUAGCUUGAGAAAUGAUGACUGUGUCAGAGAAAUAUCAAGUUAUUCCAUCCAGGAACAACUUUAGCUUCUCUAGUUUAUGUAAAAGUUAGUUUACAUUGAGGGUCAGUAAAUUCACAGGAGAUAAAUAAGCAACCAAGAUUUAAAUGUGGGGAGCAAAGGUUGGCCUAUUAAGGGUUCUGAUGCAUGUCAAACGUUAAAGUGUAGACUGUAUAGUCACAAAUCAGUCAGGAGCUUAAAAACGGGCUGAUCUGGAACUGGAUCAUGGAGCAACAAAUGGCUAGGUGAAUAGUUCUUUUUCUUGUGAGCAGAUGGCAACAAAGAAAGAUGGAGAGUGGGAACUUUUGGAUCUUGUGGUACACAACACCUACCUAAUUGUUGUUGCAUGUUCAUAGCAACAGCAGUGUCCUCUUCAAGAAUGAUUACAUGCCCUGAAACAUCACCUGUGUGAUGUGUUGGACAAUUACUUCCUAUACACCUACCUUACAUCCUUGUGAACUUCUGCACAGAGGGCACCUGUACCGCAUUAGGGAGGUGCUUUGACGGUUGAGACUGAUUGAUGUGUAGAUUCUCAAGUGUCUAAUUUACUUUUUAUUUUGUCUACAUCUACAAGACAAAAUCUGUACAUGAAGAUAUAUUUUUGCAAUGUUUAAAUGUUUGUACACCACAUGUGUGAUAUGUUGGUGACAAGUUUCUCUCAUGUGUUUGCACACCACUGUAAAUGUAAAUGGGAGACAAUGGUCAAAUUCCCACCACAUGAGGUACUUUUCUGUACAAAGGCAAAAUAGUCCAAUGGGGAAUCUCCUCCGUCUUCCUCGAGUUCCAACCUUCAUCACAGUUUGAUGUCAAGAGGCCCAGACCACCUAACAAAAAAAAGUCUAAAAACCAAGCUGCAUGAGAUUUCUAUCUGAAAUACUUUAACCGAACAGAUGAACCGGCUCCUGGCAGCAAAGUUAUAUUUGCAGGGUUUAAGAAAAGACAAUACUCUUCUUUUGAUACCUGGAUUUAUUUAUUUUUAAUCACUGAGGUGAUUUAGUUUAAGAUCUACUUGUGGUACUUGCUCUUUUUAAAACUAAGAAGGAAAAAGAAACAAUAUCAUACUGAUGUCACUUGCUCUGAGGUUUUCAGUCACAAGCAUUUUGUAUGUGGGAGUGGGGGAUCUCACACAGCAGCCCAUUUCUUUUCACUGGCUAAACGUUUUUUUUUUUUAAAGAGAUGAAAUGCUGUGGAUUGGAGUUAUGCAGAGCAGUGACAGUGGCAGAAACGACUUGAAGUAUUUUCAGGAAAGUUGCAGAAUAGAGUUCUGGCUUUACUGAUAAGGUUUGGAGAAAGAAAAAAAAAUAUCCCUUGAUAGUUGUAUUAGAUUAAAGGACAACUCUGCUUUAUUACCUUUAUUAUUACCUUCAGUUUAUGUGGCCACAGGGAUGGCCAAACGUUACUCAGCUUUCCCUCAUUAAAACCAUCGGCACGCAUUGUGUUGUGUUACAUGUAUUUGUGAACAUGCUCCUUUACUCUUUGAAUGUUAACAACACCAAGAAAUACUCUAUUAUCUGAUUGUAAAAACAACAACAGUUUUCAUAUCCUACUGCUCUUUUGACUUUAAACUGGAACACUGUUAAAUGAAACACGGCAUUCCCAUUCCCAUCCCCAGAUUCCUAUUUCUUAAUUCCAGUUUCUCAUAAAACAUAGGAUUAUAAGACGACCUGCACUGACACGGCUAAUUUGUAAAAGCUGCCUGGUAAUGAUCUAGCCAAGUUGUUAGAAGCACUAAAACAAGCUAGCACUACUUUUUCAUUUUCGCUUUUUAACUGAUGUCUUGUAAAAUACUAUUCAUACAACACAAUGCUUUAAUUCAAUGCUUAAGAGAAAUAUCCCAAAUUGUUGUAAAACUUUUGAGAUAAUGACUUCCCACAAAUAAAACCAAAAUUUCAAUAUUUUAAUACACAUCUUAAGGGUAGAAAAAUAUAUUUUCAAACUUUUAGUGAUUUUUUUUAUUAUCCAAGUCCAAUUUCAAAGGCUAAUGAAGCCUCAUUAAAACUAGAUCAUCUGGAACGACAGAGCUUUAACAUUAGAGCUACCUGGUAGAAAUCAAGCUUAUUGAAAAAAAACUAAUGUUAAGUCACCAAACUGAAAAUGUUUUUACAAGAUAAUUACUAAACAGCAUUUUAGCUGGCUAAACACAAAGUUUUAACAAGCUACGCUUUACAAGCAGACUAGUGUUGCGCUUUAUUUUCUUUUUGUAGCAAUAGCUAAGGAACAAUCCAGUUUUAAUUCUGAAUUAUUAACUUAAUUAUUAAAAGUAAAUACAUUUUCUGAAUUUUUGAAUAGUUUUUCAUUUAAAGUAAUGUACAAAUAGCUAAAAAGCUAUGCCCAGAGAUUUAAAAAUACUGAAGUUUAGUUAUUUUAGCUUACCUCUUGAAGUGACAGUUACACAAUGAAAAAUCUGUGUAAAGUACAGACUUUCAGUCUUAUAUUCAAAACCAAUGCCAAGAUUUAGAAAUCACAGCUCUUUGUUAUGUGAAACCCCCUUUUUACAGAAAUGACAUUAAAUAACGUCAGCUUUCCAUAUCCUGUGUAAAACAAACUCUUGGGAGUUUCUAUUCCUACAUUAUAAACAUAAAAUAGUCAAGCAACAACUAAUUAUUUAAUUAGCUUAGGCUGGCUGAUAAAACAUUCUCAUACACAUAAGAAUCCUUUGCAUCGUUUUCAUCUCCUACAAGUUCAUGCGUUCAGGGGCAGAACUGAGAAAUCUACAAAUAACAACCUCUCUUUCCUUCUUUUCUUUUUUGGGGGGACGUGGGUGGUGAGGAAAGCAGUGUUCACCACCGCCGCCAACCAGCUUCCUGGGGGAAACCCUGAAAACUAUUCUGAAUUUCACAAGAAACAAGCGAAGUUCGAAGAAGUCUAAAAAAAAUUUUCACCCAAUUCUGUUACUUUUACAUCAGCCAUAACCAUCAACGUCACCUCAUUACAGUUCUUCUGGUUUAUGUACAGUUUCUUUUUUGUCUUGUUUUUUUGUUGUUGUUUUUUUUGCAGUAGCUAUGUAAAUUGAUCAAACUGUAUUAAAACAGAAUUGUCCUUCAAAGCCUCCCCAUAAGCUUGAGGCUAUAUUUGACCCUGAAUUUAAAGGGGUCCCCAUAGCUCACAUAUUCUCAGCUGUGUGUGCAGUAUGUCCUUAUAUUAUUAUGUGUGAAAAUAUUUAGAAUUUUGUACAGUUAUUUUGCAAGUGUUUUAAGACUGAUGCAACAUGUACUUUAUUAUUCCACAACUUCAAAUUGGAGUGUAUGUAAAUCUAUAUAUCUAUGUAUAAAUCCACAAGAGUAAACAUGAAUUAUAUGCGAGUAAAAUCCCUACAAUCUUCCACUAUUACUCACUAUGUAGUGAUAUGUCUUGUAGUGCAUUGUUAUCACAGCCAGAAGGUGAAAAUGUGUUCUUGAAAGUUUCAAACACUUUAGAAAAAGGUUUAUGAUUUAAACAACAACAAAAAACACGAAUUAAUUAAAUUAUAUUCCAAAAGGUUAAGUUACAGGAUGCACAGUGCCUUGCAGAAGCUUUCAUGUCCUUUAUGGGGUUUUCACAUUUUGUCAUGUUAGUAUUUAUGUAUUUCUUUUGGUUUUUAUAUGAUUAUAACUCUGCCAUCCCAUUUUACAUUGAUAGCCCUAGAUACAAUUGAGUGGAAACCAGUUGCCUUUAAAUGCCACCAAAACUAAACUUUGAACUUUACUGUGCUGAAAACGUCACCUUGAACAAACUAUCCUAAUCCUGUGGCAGCAUCACACUGUGGGACGCUGAAUUGAAAUGCACUCUGCACUUUUUUUGAAAACCAUCUGCCCUUCUUCUUCAUAGUUAUGCACAAAUGUGUGUUGGUUUAUCACAAAAAAAGCAAAUAGAAUGCAUUAAUUCAUUUGGUUUUAUUGUGACAAAAGAUGAAAAAUGUCUAUAAAGGGUAUAAUUCCUUUUGCCAGGCACUGUAACUGUUGUUUUUAAAUAUCACUUAAUUCAUUUUUUUAAAGGCAGAAAAGAUGUUUUGCGGUUUCAGAUUUUUGAGCACUACAUGCAUUUCUCGGCCUCCAAACACAGGAUCUAGGUCUGCUCCAAACCAAAGAGAACAAAUUGUUUCCUGUAUAUUUUGAGCAAAGAAAAGUCAUUGUCUGAGGCGUGUGCGUGUAAAGACGCUGCAUUGUGGUUAUUGAAGCUGGAAGGUUCACGACCACAACGUGCUGGCCGGCAGCUGCAGCGCAGAGUGAUUGUGCCCCUGCAUGAGCUCGUGAAGUGAUGCACAUGGAUGUUUGUACUGCUGCACAUCUGCACUUACACAGACCUCUCUUAGGUCAGUAAGAGUGGGGCUUGGAAUCGCUGCUUUAGGUUCGAUUAUUGGUGUUCAAUUACAGAACUUUAACCUGUGACGCAAUCUUUUUUUAUUAUUAUUUUUGACGUGCUUAAAGCAAGCUGACUUUAUAGUUCACUCAGGACAGAAGUAGAUAUAAAGUGCAGUGUGAAGAUAAGGUACGAUUAUUACUUUUUUUUAAAAUGAAAUUUCACUUGGAAUUCUGCUCAGAAAUUCUCAGGAGACAAACAACAUGGUCCUUUAAUACGCUCGAACAAAAAAGAAAAUAAAAAAGUAAUAUUCUUCUAAAGCUCCACUCAUCUAUAAGUACCUCUGUGAGUCAGAUUGUCUUCGGUUUCUUUUUCUGUGGGGUAACCUUGAGCACACACUGAGACCUCGGCACUAAUGAACUCCCCACAAACACUAAUGAGAAAUAAUGUCUGUGUGUAAAACUAAUGUGUGGAACAACAACACCACUGGCAUUCACCAACUCUAAUAUACAGAAAAAGAAAUCUGCCACUUAGGUCCACAAAAUGUUUUCCUUUAUAUAUCUGUAAAUAUUCCUAUUAAUAAACUUGCACUGAAAUAACAUGCA